AUGGGAAGGGAGAAACGGACAUGUCAAGGUAAACAACACUUCAGCCAUCCCCACUUCUUGAAACUAAUUGUCAAUCCAUCUGAAACACUCACUUGCAAUGCUUGUGAGCAACCAAAUAUUACUACUACUACUUUCUAUGGCUGCAAUACCUGCCAAUAUUACAUCCAUGAAAACUGCCUCAACGCUCCGCGUUUCCUUGAUCAUUCUUCUCAUCCUUCUCACUACUUGACCCUUCUCCCAAUUCCGACUUACUCGAAUCGUUCUUACACUUGCAAGGCUUGUGCCUCUGCUGGAAAUGGUUUUAGUUUUAGCUGUGCACGUUGCGAAUUUGAUGUCCACAUGCACUGUGCUCUUUUGCCCCAAACUGUCUUCCUAUCAAUUCUUAUUGACAAACAUCAACAUGAGUUGGAGCUCUGCUUUGGUUCUCCUUACGAAGAUAAGGAUACCCUAUUUGCUUGUGAUAUCUGCAAUAUCAUAAUGGACUCGGACGAAUCCUUGUACUAUUGUGCUGAUUGUGAUUUCGGGUCGCACUUGCACUGUGCAUCUCCUGAUGCUGAUGUUCUUCCGUCAUCACAUCAACGUCGAAAUCCAAAUCCAAAUCCAAAAUAUCAAAUUCCAAAUGUAAAUUCAUCAGUGGAGAUGAUAAAUUCAGUUAGUGAUGCUCAUGAGCGGCUUAUAGCAGCUCAAAUUGAAUCUCAGAUUGCAAGACAAGGAAGACAGGCUAUACUGGAUGCGAUAGACGGGCCAUCACCAAGACGCUAUUACUACUAG